GCUCGAUGUGAACAGACGUGCGUGUCGGAACAACAGCCGAAAAUCAAACACGAAUCAGAAAGCAAAACAAGCGAAUAAACAGAAGCAGUAGUAAAUAGACAAUCUGAGCAAUCGGAAGAUCAGUGGCCCCGCGUCAAGUGACCCAGUGACAAGUGUCUUGUGACUUUUGAGCCAAGUUAAAAGCGAAACCAAUGGCCCUGGAGGAUCGCUGCAGUCCACAGUCAGCGCCCAGUCCCGUUACCCUGCAAAUGCAGCAUCUCCACCACCACCAGCAACAGCAGCAGCAGCAGCAGAUGCAGCACCUCCACCAGCUGCAGCAACUGCAGCAGUUGCACCAGCAGCAACUGGCCGCCGGUGUCUUCCACCACCCGGCCAUGGCCUUCGAUGCCGCUGCUGUGGCGGCCGCCCACGCCCAUGCCGCUGCACUGCAGCAGCGGCUGAGUGGCGGAGGAUCACCCGCCUCCUGCUCCACGCCCGCCUCCUCCACAGGAGGACCGCUGACCAUCAAGGAGGAGGAGAGCGACUCCGUCAUCGGGGACAUGAGCUUCCACAACCAAACGCACACCACCAAUGGUGAGGAGGAGGAGGCCGAGGAGGAGGACGACAUCGAUGUGGACGUCGAUGACACGUCCGCAGGAGGACGCCUGCCACCGCCCGCACACCAGCAGCAGUCUACGGCCAAGCCCUCGCUGGCCUUCUCGAUCUCCAACAUCCUGAGCGAUCGCUUCGGCGAUGUCCCGAAGCCUGGAAAGCCCCUGGAGAGUCAGGCAAGCAUUUUCCGGCCCUUCGAGGCUAACCGCUCGCAGACAGCCACGCCCUCCGCCUUCACCCGCGUGGAUUUGCUGGAGUUCAGCCGCCAACAGCAGGCGGCAGCUGCAGCAGCCACGGCAGCCAUGAUGCUGGAGCGGGCCAACUUCCUCAACUGCUUCAAUCCCGCUGCCUAUCCCAGGAUUCACGAGGAGAUCGUGCAAAGCCGCCUGCGCAGGAAUGCGGCCAAUGCCGUCAUCCCGCCGCCCAUGAGCUCCAAGAUGAGCGAUGCAAACCCCGAGAAGUCCGCUUUGGGAUCCCUAUGCAAAGCGGUCUCCCAGAUUGGACAGCCCACUGCAGGGCCCUCGAUGACCCAACCACCGCUGAGCAGCAGUGCCAGCAGCCUGGCCAGCCCGCCACCUGCCUCCAAUGCCUCCACCAUCAGCAGCACCUCCUCCGUGGCCACCAGCUCGAGUUCGUCCUCCUCGUCAGGAUGCUCUUCGGCCGCCAGCUCCCUGAACUCCUCACCCAGCAGCCGCUUGGGAGGAGCCUCAGGUUCCGGAGUCAACGCCAGCAGUCCCCAGCCACAGCCCAUUCCUCCGCCAUCCGCCGUCAGCAGGGACUCCGGCAUGGAGUCCUCGGAUGACACGCGAUCUGAGACAGGAUCCACCACCACCGAGGGUGGCAAGAACGAGAUGUGGCCUGCCUGGGUGUACUGCACCCGCUACAGCGAUCGUCCCAGCUCAGGACCCCGUUACCGCCGCCCCAAACAGCCAAAGGAUAAGACCAACGACGAGAAGCGACCACGCACCGCCUUCUCCAGCGAGCAGUUGGCCCGCCUCAAGCGGGAGUUCAACGAGAAUCGCUAUCUGACCGAGCGGAGACGCCAGCAGCUGAGCGGCGAACUGGGCCUGAACGAGGCGCAGAUCAAGAUCUGGUUCCAGAACAAGCGGGCCAAGAUCAAGAAGUCGACGGGCUCCAAGAAUCCGCUGGCCCUGCAGCUGAUGGCCCAGGGCCUGUACAACCACACCACCGUGCCGCUGACCAAGGAGGAGGAGGAGCUCGAGAUGCGCAUGAACGGGCAGAUCCCCUAAGCAUCCGAGGCGGAGUCCACCGGUUUCCAGGGAGCUCCAGGGAGCUACUCCUUCUGAAAGGGGGCGUGCAAUAUUCGAGGGCGUACAAAUGGUUUUUCAUGUGAUAUAAUUGUAGCGUAUAUAUGUUUUUUGUAUAUAUUAUUAUGUAACCCUAGCUAAGCGUAAGACCUAUCCGUAGCGAAUUCGAGCCGUAAGUUGUUGGCGUAUUUAUUUAACCACCCUUGGCUAGCCGAAAGUAUUAUGCUGUAUUCACUCGUAAUCUCCCCCGAACACAAAAGGCUUGUCGCUAUCGCCGCACUCUAAAAAGCUUCGACUUUCGGACAUUUAUUCCUACACAAAAUUAUCUAUAGUUAUUAUUCUCCAAUAAUUAUGUGCUUACGAACCACUUUGUAAAUUAAGUAACUUAACAGUUCCCUAGCCUAAUUCCUAGUUUACACACUUAAGGAUCGCUAUGAAUGAGUAUUUUUAGUUUGUAAGCGAAAUGUUAACGAGCCACUAGUAGCCGACAAAUGCACCUA